CCUAAAGCCACUUGUAUUUCAAUUGGCCGAGCUAAGCAGUUCAUCGUUAUUCCUACCCUAACCAUCAUGUUGAUCGUACUGUUCUCAUUUCUACUGUCUGUUUCUAUUACACUGCAAGUAAUGCAAAUCGAUUUCGAACGAUUAGAGCAACUGGCAGGAUUCGAUAUAUACAACAGUUCCCUUCGUGUUCGUAAGUACAAUCGAACGGCGGUUGCACUCAACGGUACAAUACAUCUGUUGGUACCACUUAAUGAAAGCAUCAUGGUAUGUAGAAAAGUGACUUGGCUAAUUUCUUUCACUCGGACUAUGACAUUUGUGGAAACUGAUGGCAACCUUUCUCGAGUAUCUGGUAAUAACGAUGUAAAACAUAUCCUUAUUGUAACGUCAGAUUUCUUCCAUAGCAGGCUUGGCAAUCAGCAGUUCAAUCACUAUCCAGUAAAGUUUCCUACCCAACAGGUGUGCAAGUUUUUGGAAAACUUUUAUACAGACUACAGCGAGUAUGUUGACGAUUUUGGGAACCUACCGGCGAAGGGCGAGUGUCCGAUUAAACCUUGCAAAAUCGACAUACUCAACAAACCGUUUCCAGCCAAAGCGGUACCUCCAUUUUUCCCAUCGUAACUAUGGAAGGCACAAAUCAAAUUGACGCUGAACGACGUUGAGAUAUCGCGGUUUGAGCUGAUCACCAAGGCUAGGAAUGAUUUGGAAAUC